GAGUAUAAAUAAUAAACUGACAAAAUUAGAAGAAAUUUUUCUUAUUAAUGAAUAAUUAACAGACAAAAAUGUUAAACAAAAUAUUCUUUUUGGGAAUAAUAAUAUGUUCAACUAAUAUUGUCACUGCUAGUUUUUUCAAUUUUAUGGAUGACAAUGUACAAUUUCACAAAAAAAUGAUAGCAAAAGAAGAAUCAGAUCGAGAUGAAAAUGGAAAUUUACCAAACAAUUAUUCGGUUUGUCGCACACAAGAGUGUUUUAAACUUGCUUCAGAAUUUUGGGAAAGUAUGAAUAAAUCAGUGAAUCCUUGUGAGGAUUUUUAUGAAUUUGCAUGUGGUGGAUGGAGUGUAAGCAAUCCAGUGCCUCCCACUGAAAUAUCUUGGGGUACUUUUAACGUUGUUAAAAAAGAGUUAAAUUUACGAAUUCGAGAAUAUUUGGAAGACCCCGUGAACGAAGACGAUAUUUUACCUGUAAAACAAGUAAAAAAAUUUUAUUCAUCAUGUAUGGACGUUGAUGCUUUGGAGGAGGCUGGCAUUAAACCAAUUGAGACAAUUUUAUCGAUAAAUGGAGGUUGGCCAAUAGCAAUGGAUCCGCAAGAAUGGGAUCCAGAAGAAUUUACAUGGCAACAAAUUGACAAAUUUUAUACUCGAUUAAUAUUUAGCCCGGCAUUUUUUUCCCUUGCUAAUGGAGAAUCCUCAUUUGGUUCAAAUCAUAAUAAUUUGAAAAGUUUAGACGAUUCUGAUGAAAGUUCAGAAGAAUCAGAGAAAUCAGAAUCCGAAGAAGAAGAGGAAGAAGAAGAAGAAGACAAUUUAGUUAUUAUGAUAAGGCGACCAAAAUUAACUCCUAUUGUGAAAAUGCCACAUGGAGCAAAAUUUGACAGAAAUAAAAUGUAUAAUGAUGGAAGUUAUGCUAAAUUAAUUGCACAAAUUGCCAAAAUAAUUGCUCAAGAAAGAGGAGUAAUUAUUGAUGAAAAACAGAUAAACACCGAUGUCGAAGGCAUAAUUGAUUUGGAAAAAAAAUUAUACGAUGACAAUUAUGAAGGUGGUAGUGAAGACGGUACAAUAGAAAAAAUACAGAAAUUUUAUAACUCAUUAGACCAUCAAUCGGACACAUCAAAGAUAAAUUGGAAAGAUACAAUUUACAAUAUAUUUUCUGAAGCAAAUAUGGAAUUAAAUGGAACGGAGGAGAUUUAUAUGCCAAGAAAUAAAUAUUUGGAAAAACUUGUAAAAAUUUUAGAUACAACCGACGUGCGCAAUAUUGUGAAUUACGUACACUGGAAUUCCAUAAGUCGAUUGAUAGAAUUUACAAAUACAAAAAUGGAAUCAAUAAUUUACGAAUUAAAUAAAAAGCAUCUUGGAUUCAAAGAAAUGAAACCAAGAUGGGAAAGAUGCAUAGACAAUGUGGAUUUAAAGCAUGGAAUCUCUUAUCAGUUUGUGAAAAACUUUUUUAAAAAUAAAAUGAAGGAGGAUGCAAGAAAAAUAUUUGAAAAUAUUCAUAAAGAAAUGAUAAAACAUAUUAUGAGGUCCGAUUGGUUGGAUGAAAAGUCGAGAAAAAUGGCUAUAGAAAAAAUGAAAGAAAUGAAAACAAUAAUUGGUUAUCCCGAAUGGUAUAAUAAUGAUACAGCUUUACAGAAUCAUUAUCGCGGUAUAACGGUUGGACAACAAUUUUUGGAAAAUAAAAUAAAUUACAUGAAAUUUUCAUUUAAUAGAAAUCUACGAACAAAUGAAAGGUUCUUGUUUAGAAAGGAAGGUUACUGGUUCGUUCAUCCCAUAGUAGUAAAUGCAUAUUAUCAUCCUGUUAUGAAUGCGUUGGUUAUUCCAGCAGCUGAUUUUCUUCCACCUUUCUAUUCACCCAACAGACCCGAAACUGUUAAUUAUGGAUUCCUUGGCUCAAUUAUAGGACACGAAGUGUCUCACGGUUUCGAUGAUAGUGGUAUUUAUUUUGGUCCACAUGGGAGUUAUGCUAAUUGGCCAAAAAAGACAGAGAAAAUAUUAAAGGAUAAAAUGAAAUGUUACUCUGAACAAUAUGCGAAAUUUUACAAUGAUACAUCGACAAAUUCUUCAGUUCUCAUGGAUAAAAGUAUGAUUACUUUAGGUGAAAAUAUAGCAGAUUCAUUAGGAGUUCAAAUGAUGUUUGGAGCGUUUAAAGAAAAGGAGAAGAAACAAAGUUAUCCUCGUUUACCAGGAUUUGUCGAAUUAACUGGCGAUCAGUCAUUUUUCUUAUCAUUUGCAAAGCUCUGGUGUAGAAAUACAACACCAGAAUAUGAAAAAUUGAGACAACAUGAUUCACAUAGUGAAGGACGUUAUCGGGUUAUUUCGUCAAUUCAAAAUUCCGAGGGUUUCGCUAAAGCAUUUAAAUGUCCUAUUAACAGUCCCAUGAAUCCCGAAAAAAAGUGUACAAUUUGGUAAAGAAA